UAAGGAAUUUUUUCUUUCUUAGAAACACAUUUGUUCUUUCUAAAUUUGCAUUAUGCAAUAUUUCUUUUACAUUCCCUAUUUUUUUUUAAUGAAUUUUCUAUAUUUUUUGUAUUCGCCUUGACUAGGUCUUACUAGGCAGAGUCACUAGGUUUCCAGAAGUCCAAAUAUUGUGAUCUUUAGAAAUAGAAAUAAAACUAAUUGUACCAACAACUGAAGGGGCAUGCUGCCUUUCAAGCUUCUUUUCCUUGAAGUUUAUAAAUUGAUUGGAAUGAAUUUCUUAUAUAUUAAAAAUCAAAAAAGGAUCAAAAAUCAUCUGAUCAAUAUCGGACCAAUCAUAUCCGAUCCAACCAAAACCAACCAGUUGACAAACCUACUAUGAAAAUUAGGAAACCAUUUCCCUCUUAAGCCUUAAAGGUUAUAGUAUACAUAUAUAGUUAAACCAUGCUUUGUUUUUAAUUAGGUACUAUAUAACCCUGAUAUUAGAUGUUCGUACUAGCCAAAAUAAAAAAUACCUUAAAAGUGUAUAAAUAAGUGGCCUAGGACUGCGUCUCCUGUUGUUUUCUGUUCCAUUUGUUUCCCAUUUUCCAACGCCCUAAGAAGCCUUUCUUCCUUAAUUUCCUACCCUCCAUGAACACGUCCAAGUUCCAAGCCAUGGAACCAAGACCCUCCUCCUUGAGUUGAAGAAUAAAGCAUUUGAAGUCAACAAGAAGGUGAUGUGGUUGUUGGUGCUGGUUGUGCUUUCAAACAUUAUGUGCCCAAACAAAGAAUCUCAAGUAGUUUUAUGUGGUGAUCGUCUCUUGGUCUCCACUGAUGAUGGAGAAAGAAAUGAAGUUGCAGAGACAAAAGAUGAAGAAGAACAAGAUGAUAACGAGAUAAGAAAUGAAGGAGAAGAAGAAGAAGAUGAUGAUGAUGACAACAUCAAGGGCUUUCUUCCAUGUUUGACGAUGAAUGAGGUCAAAGAGGAGCUUAAAUCUCUAGCGAAGAUCGCUUGUCCCAUACUAUUGACAAGCCUUCUUUUGUACUCCAAAUCAAUCAUCUCCACGCUGUUCCUGGGACAUCUAGGGGAUAUUGAGUUAGCUGGUGGUGCAUUGGCAAUGGGGUUCGCUAACAUCACCGGGUACUCUGUUAUAAAAGGGUUAGCAAUAGGGAUGGAACCAAUAUGUUGUCAAGCAUAUGGGGCCCACAGAUGGAGUGUUCUUAGCCAAACCUAUCAAAAGACUGUCUGUCUCCUUAUGCUCGUCAGUAUACCCAUUUCGUUUAUGUGGCUAAACAUGGAGCACAUCAUGCUUUGGGUGGGUCAAGAUAAAUCUGUCACCUCAGUGGCUCAGGUGAUCCUCGUUUUCUCACUUCCAGAUUUGUUUGCCCAGGCUAACCUCCACCCUUUGAGGAUCUUUUUAAGGACCCAAGCAUUAACCACACCACUCACCUUGGCUGCAAUAUUUGCAUCUGUUCUUCACUUUCCCAUCAACUAUCUACUUGUCAUAUACUUGAAUUUGGGGGUGAAGGGUGUUGCACUGGCCUCAGCUUCUCACUCAUACAACUUAAUUUUGGGUUUGUUAGUAUACUCAGUUGCAUCUGGAAAAGCAAUAAAGCCUUGGAGUGAAGCAUCAAUGACUUCAUGGUUUAUGGGUUGGCGUCCUUUACUUGCUCUGGCAGUUCCUAGUGCAUUAUCUGUAUGCUUAGAAUGGUGGUGGUAUGAACUGAUGCAGCUUUUGUGUGGAAUAUUAGUUAAUCCACGGGCCUGUAUUGCUGCAAUGGGAAUCCUCAUCCAGACAACAGGCUUAAUCUAUGCAUUUCCUCAUUCCUUAAGUACAGCCCUGACGACUCGUGUGGGUCAUGAGUUGGGGGCUAACCGGCCGGCGAGAGCUCAAUCGGCAGCAGUAAUUGGGCUUUCUGUAGCAGUAGCAUGUGGACUUUCAGCUGUGGCCUUCACAACUGCUGUGAAGAAUGUGUGGGGAAAGAUGUUUACAGGAGAUGAACAGAUUCUUGCUUUGACAUCACUUUCACUCCCCAUAGUAGGAUUUUGUGAGCUUGGAAAUGCUCCCCAGACAGCUGCUUGUGGAGUCUUUACAGGGUCUGCACGGCCAAAGGUUGGAGCAAAUAUAAAUUUUGGAUCCUUUUACCUCAUCGGGUUGCCGGUUGCAGUUUUCGUGAGUUUCAAGAUGGGAUUUUUGGGGUUGUGGAUUGGGCUAGUGGCAGCAGAAGCUUCAUGCUUGGGUAUGAUGUUGUAUCUAUUGCUCAAGACUGAUUGGAAGCUCCAAGCAAAGAGAGCUCAGGAACUAACUAGGGUUGCAGAGGGAUAUGAUUUGGAAGCCAGUUUGCUUCAAUGACAUCUGAAAGUAACUUAAAAGAGUUUCAACAAACCUCCCUUUCAUCAUUUUAUAUGAUGGUUUUACCCUUCAAAGUGCAGAAAUACAAUGUAGUGGUUAACUCAAUACAUAAAGCAUAUAAAUAUCUCAUUAAAAUUCCCAGAAAAA